CCCUCCUCCCACCUCUGUCUUCCCCAGCUCCUCCUCUACCAACCUCUCCUCGUCCGGCUGGGACCAGAACCAGACUAACCUACGGCGAGUAUCAGACCAGUUCAGCUCUCUGGGCAGCAUGGACAGUCUAGACGUCUCCUACCCCCCUGGACACCUGUCCCCAGGAUGCCUCUCCCCGGUCAAGUCCAACACCAGCACGGAGCUCCCGGGAGGGGGCAAGAGGGACUCGGCAUACAGCUCCUUUUCCACCAACUCUGGUACCCCAGACUACACCCUCUCCAAGACACCAGACUACACCCUCCCUAAGACACCAGACUACACCCUCCCUAAGGCACCAGACUACACCCUCCCUAAGGCACCAGACUACACCCUCCCUAAGGCACCAGACUACACCCUCCCUAAGAGCAAUGCUGCCUCCAUAGAGAACAUGCUGUAUGAGGUGAGCCAGUGGGAAUCAGGGGGGCGUCACAGUAACGGCAGACACAGAUUGAGUAGUGAGGGGGUCAGGCAGGAUGAGAGACCAGGGUACCUGCAGCUGGGACUUGGGGCCAGCAUGGACCGGGACAGCCCCAGGACAGAGGAGCAGUCAGGGCCAGGUUCUUCCCACUCCUCCAGCUCUGCUAGGCCUAGCUGCGGUCCCGUCUGGCACGUUCCUGACAAGAAGAAGACCUCCGAUCCCUCUCCUCCCCCACCGCCCGUACGCAGUGACAGUUUCGCUGCUACGAAGUCCCAUGAGAAGGUUCUGGUUAUAGCCUGUCCAGAGGGACCCGGUGCUCACACCCAGCCCAAUGCCCAUGGUAAAGGAAUGGACUCUGAAAACUCACAAUGUGCCAAUGACUCUCGGCGUAGCCAUCACAACCUACCCUCCAAGAACAACAUGGUACCUCCUUACAUUUCACCAAAGAACUGUCAUCAGAACCAGGUGAACUGUAACGAGCUGUGCUCUCUAUCCAGUAGUGAUGUCAGGCUGGGCCAGCCCCACCCUACCUACCUGCCCUGCCACCAGAGACAGUACAGUAAUGAGAGCUCUCUCUACUCCCACCCCAGGACUUGGUCUGUCCCCAAACAGCAGAACGUCAGCGGCUGCUACAGCAGCAUGCAGGAGCUCCCCACCAACGAAAAUGCACAGAACACCCAGCUCUACAGCCAGACCACCAACUACAGUACCCAGAWCACCCAGCUCURCAGCCAGACCCCAGACAGCACUGAAGACAGCCGGUACUACUGUGUGACGGCCAGACAGCCUGGUCAACCGGUCACCCAGGCCCUGCUGGUCAAGACUGACGAAAGGAGGGGUGGAGGGGGCAGAGAGGAGGGUGUGGAGGGUGGCGGUGAAAGGAGGAGUGCAGUGAGCAUCGUACAGGGUGGAGGAGAUAAGAAGUCACUCACUCCUCUGGGGUCAGGGGGUUCCAGUGGGGAGACUGUAGAUCUCUCCAGUAACCAGUGCACCAGGACCGACCGGUUCGCCACCAUCCUGAGGAAUGAGAUCCAGAUGAGACGAGCCCAGCUGCAGAAGAGUAAGAGCGCUGCCUCCCUGAGUGGACCCUGUGAGGCAGAGGAGGACCAUGAGGUGCCAGAGGUCUGGAGGCCCAAAGACACCACCUCUUCUUCAGAUGGCUCCUUCACCUCCACCUAUAAGGAUCAUCUGAAGGAGGCGCAGGCCCGCGUGCUGAAGGCCACCUCCUUUAGAAGGAGAGACCUGGAGCCUGUCCUUCUGGAGCACCCUGGGGCGGAGGCAGGGUCCCCGCCGGACUACUCCUCCUCUGGUCUGGGGAGGAGCGACAACUCUAACSCCCUGUCCAGCCUCUCUGAGGACCUCCCAGCCAGGUCUGGCUCUGCCCAGAGUCAGGUGACCCGYAUCGGAAGCAGGAAGCGUUUCACCACGGAGAAGAAGGUCCGGUGUUUCUCUGAGCCAGACAAAAUCAAUGAGGUGGGGGUGGAGGAGGAGCUGACCCCCCCUGAGGCUGCAGGCGCCUUGCUGAACCGACGAUCCACCCCCAGGCCGGCCUUCACCAGACCCCUCCCUGCCCUGCCAGGCCCUGGAGAGGACUGUGGAGAGGGCAAAGAGAUAGCCAGGGGUGAUUGUGACAUGUCCAGCGGCAGGAAGGAACAGAGAGAGUGUCAGGGACAGGACCACAGACAGCAGAGACUGGAGCUGCAGAGACUGGGGACCUUUGCUGAGUACGAGACCACCUGGAACAGCCAGAAGAAAGCAGCUGAGACCAGAGGACGCUCCCACUCUGCUGAUAACAUCCUGGAUCCUGGAGGAGAUGGCAGGACCAAACCAGCCCCAGUCACGAGAGGUCUCAACCUCCGCUGACUUCUAU